AUGCCAACCAUUAAAACCCUCAUUGUUGUUGCUGUUAAACAACACUGGCCCCUUUACCAAUUAGAUGUUAAUAAUGCUUUUCUGCAUGGUGACUUGGAUGAGGAAGUCUUUAUGAAGCUUCCUCCUGGUUUAGUAGUUUCUUCCCCUCAUGCCUAUGGGAAAGCCUCUAGACAGUGGUUUGCUAAACUUUCCCAAGCAUUGCAAUCAAGAGGUUAUUCUCAUUCUCUUAAUGAUUACUCUUUAUUCAGUAAGGGGUCUGGGGAUUCUUUGGUUAUUUUGGCUGUUUAUGUGGAUGAUAUUGUGAUUACUGGGAAUGCCUCUGAGGAAAUAUCUGAUCUCAAGAGUUUUCUUAAUGAUACUUUCAAGAUAAAGGAUUUAGGGCUCCUGAACUAUUUCCUUGGCAUUGAGGUCCUAUAUACCCCUGGUGGUGUGCUGUUACAUCAGAAAAAGUUUGUUGCUGACCUAUUGAAAGAAUUUCAUUGUGAUAUUGCUUCUCCUGUUCUCUGUCCUUUGGAGCUUCAUGCCAAGCUCAAAGCUGGUGUGGGUGAUCCCUUGCCCAAGCCUGAUCUAUACAAGAGUCUCAUAGGCAAGUUGAAUUUCCUUACUCAUACUAGGCCUGAUAUCUCCUUUGGUGUGCAUCACUUAAGCCAGUUCAUGCAGUUACCAUGUGCUCCACAUAUGACAACAACUUUACAUCUUUUAAGAUAUCUCAAGGGUACAUCUGAGCAUGGGCUGUUUUUGAACAAUUCUCCUGACUUGUCCCUCAAGAUUUUCUGUGACAGUGAUUGGGCUGCUUGCCCUGACAGCAGGCGAUCUGUUAUUGGCUUUUGUACUCUCCUUGAUGGUAGCUUGAUCUGUUGGAAGUCCAAGAAGCAGCCGGUGGUGUCUCUCUCUUCAGCCGAGGCUGAGUACAGGUCAUUGAGUAAGGCAGUGGUUGAAGAUCCAGUUCCUGUUUUUUGUGACAACCAGUCUGCCAUUCACAUUGCGAAGAAUCCAGUAUUCCAUGAACGCACCAAACAUAUUGAAUUGACUGUCACUUUGUGCGAGGAAAACUGA